UUGAACGUUCUUUCUCACCAUUAGUAGAUACACCGUGCUAUUUUGCAGUAGUAUCUUUGUGUGAAUCAUGCCGGAACCUUGCAGAUUAUACGCCAAGGCGAAGAUUAUGGGCUUCAAGCGUGGACAGCGCAUGCAGAAGACCCACACUUCGCUCAUCAAAAUUGAGGGUGUGAACACCAAGGAGAGCGCCGAGUUCUACUUCGGCAAGAAGAUCGCCUACGUGUACAAAGCCAAGAGCCACACGAAGAACCGUUCCACCGGACAGGACACACGCUACCGUGUUAUCUGGGGCAAGGUCACCCGAUCCCACGGAAACAUCGGCACUGUACGCGCUAAGUUCACCAACCCUCUUCCCCCUCAGACCAUGUCCGCCUCGUGUCGUGUGAUGUUGUACCCAUCCAGAGUCUAAACCCUCGGAACGGUGUAUAUAAAUCUAGAAGGUGAAUAAAGACUUUCCGUCAAUGGUCGUCGAUUAGAGCA